AUCGAGGAAUGGGUCUGUUUGCUAUCGACCACUUCCUGGGCUUUCACUCUCUACAGAGACUUCGCAAAAAGUAUGGAUGAACUCCCUCUCGAUAUGUUGCACCCUGCCGUGCGCGAUCACUUGUCACUUAUCCGGCUGCAGGUAUUGACACCACUAUCGCUACUGGUGAACAUAGCAACAGUUUUGAUAUGUUCAUUGAUGGUAUCACCGUCCAUUGGACAAGUGACGAAAUGGUUCCCCACAUCAAUCUCUCCGUAUCCUCCUCUCAUCGCUGCAUACAUAUUAGCGAUAUAUAUCGGUCAGAUUGGGUAUUGUUUCAUGAUUGUUCUUGUCAGGAAGCCUGAGACUAAGAAAACUAUUGUGAAAGGAGUAGGGCUCGCGUUGGUCUUUUCUAAUUGGGUCAUGGCUGCGUGGGCCAUUUCUUGGAUUUUCCGCUCGUUCAUAGUGUCAACGAUUCUCUUGGGCAUUCUUGUCCUUCUCUUGCUAUACUCCAACAUCGUCUUGAUAGUAUACCACCCGCCUACUCGACAACGUCCCCUUGAUAUUGCGUUCAUUCACGCGCCGAUGCGGCUCUUUCUCAUCCUGCCACUCUCGCUUCUAUUUCCGUAUUCCCUAUUCGUUGCCUUGGGACACGCGUGGAACCCAAAUCAUCCAGAUCAUUACAAUGGGCAUCAAUGGGAAGGCUUCGGGGUAGUGCUCGGCACGAACAUCCUCGGCCUCCUCCUCAUCAUGAUCCGACGCGAUAUCAUCUGGUGCGUCGGUGCAACAUGGAUCUGCGUUGCGGUAUGGGCAAGCAGAUUGAAACCUGCAUCCGUAUAUAUCACGGAAAUCAUGUUCACGGUCUUGCACCCACUCGGCCUGAUCACGUCUGCAUUGUGGGUGACCUUCGCAGAAAGGCGACACGAAGGAAGAAUCAGGCUUGCUGUCAAUGACGAAACGCCCCGCACGGUUGAGAACGGAAGGCAAGGGCCCCACGAAGUAAGCCCUGACUGGAGCUAG